AUGAUUACCACAUAUCAAAUUUUCUUAGUUAUUAUUCUCUUUCUAUUAUUAUUGAUUAGUAUGAAAACCGAAGCAACAUGUUCUUCGGGUUGCAACCUUGCUCUAGCUUCCUAUUCCAUACCUGAAGGAACAGAUCUAACAUACAUAAGCAACCUUUUCAACCAACAACCCUCAGAAAUUCUUAAACACAACCCAAACCUUAAAAACCCCGAUGUUAUUCUAAGCCAAACAAAAAUCAACGUGCCAUUCACGUGCGAGUGUCUCAACGGUUUGUUCCUAGGACACACUUUCUCGUACAAAACAAAACACGGUGACACGUACACGGCAAUUGUUCAUGUUGAUUAUUCUAACCUUACUACCGAGGAUUGGAUUACCAGAGUCAAUGGUUACCCUCCUACGAAAAUACCUGAUAAUGUUAAGAUCAACGUUACUGUUAAUUGUUCUUGCGGUGAUCGACAUGUAUCGAAGGAUUAUGGGUUGUUUUUGACGUAUCCGCUUCGUGACGGUGAUAGUUUAAGGGGAAUUGCAGCGGAGUAUGGUGUUCCGGCGGAGGUUGUGCAGAGGUAUAAUCCUCAGUCGGAUUUUAGUGCUGGACAUGGACUUGUGUUUUUGCCGGCAAAAGAUGAAUAUGGAAAGUUUCCACCACUGCAUCUAAAAUCAGGUGAUGUACACAUUGCAGCUUCAUAA